GGUUUCCUGCAGCGGCGUCUGUGAGGGGUGGGGGAGAAGAGGAGGAGGAAGCGAAGCUGUGCCCAGUGGCUCCUGCGACCCUGCACCAACUCUAAAAUGAGGGGCUGCGGGGAAUCAGAGCUGAAGUUCGUGGAAGGGGAAGAGGCCGUGGAGUCCCCCGGACCACCCCCAGAACCACGCGCCCAGGAACCCCAAGCUCCAGUGCCCGAGCCCGGCCUGGAUCUGAGUCUGAGCCCGCGGCCCGAGAGCCCCGAGCCGCGGAACUGCAGUCCGGGGCGGCGGAAGGGGCGGGCGGAGCGCCGGGGUGGGGCUCGGAGGGGGCGGCAGGUCCGUUUCCACCUGGCGCCUCCCUCACCCGUCCGGCCCGAGCCGCUGCCCGCGGCUGCUGCACCUAGCGAUAAGCCCGCGGCGCCGCAGGAGCUGGAGGCGCCCGCGCGGCAGAGUAGCAUGGCCCUGAGCCUCGAGCUGCAGGCCGCGCGGGCCGCAUCCAUGGGCCAGUUUGAUGCCACGAAGGCCGUGGAAGAGCAGCUGAGAAAGUCUUUCCAGAUCCGCUGCGGCCUGGAGGACAGUGUGGCCGAGGGAUUGAACGUGCCGCGCUCCAAGCGGCUCUUCCGGGACCUGGUGAGCUUGCAGGUGCCAGAGGAACAGGUUCUCAACGCUGCACUCAGGGAGAAAUUGGCGCUCCUGCCGCUGCAGGCCCGAGCCCCGCCCCCAAAGGAGCCACCAGGGCCGGGACCGGACAUGACCAUCCUGUGCGACCCGGGCACAUUGUUUUAUGAAUCUCCGCACUUGACCCUGGACGGACUGCCCCCUCUACGGCUUCAGCCCCGGCCCCGCCCUUCAGAGGACACCUUCCUCAUGCAUCGGACACUGCGACGGUGGGAAGCUUAGACCCCCAAAGCUCCCUGGAUUGCUAGUUCAUAUUUUUGUAGGUUAAAAAUUUUUUUCAGAAUAAAGUGGUUUUGCUAAUAAA